AUGAAAUUGCAGGACAGAUGGGAGGUUUGUGAUCAUGUGGGUAAAGUUUUGUUUGUGUGCUGGUCCAAUAGAGUAGAACUGAAACAGGUUGUUAAAGAUUGCUUCUGUCUGGAAAUGAAAUACAGAAUUGAAAUGGAUUAUGGCAAAGUGUUGGUAGUAUUUGUUGGUGCUAGUGUAGAUAGUGGGGUCAGAAGAAUGCAAUGUAAUUUCUUCAAGGGGAAAAAGGAAAAUGGGGAAAAUUUAUGGUGGCUUGGAGAUAAUUGGGAAUUUAGCAGAAAAUGGUGGGUAUCAAGGUGGCUGUUCUAG